AUGGUAAAACUGGGUAUACGAUGGUUUAGAUCGAUUCUGCGUCGAUUUUUGAUCAUCGUGGUGAUCGUCCUACUUGCUAUAUUCCCCAUCCACUUGUUAUUUCGAAAUGCUGACAAGGGUCUUCCUCUUCUAGGAUUGAUAUCAUCAAAGAAACCGUUGUUGCCUAAAACCUCCUCCAUCACCAACGAUAAAAAUUCUUUACCACAAGCUCAUCUACAUAAUCACAAUUCGCAACAAUUACUAGUAUUUCCCCAAAAUUUCAAAGAUGAAGCUACUUAUAAACAGUUAUUUCCUGUUGACAAUAAGCAAGUGAUUAAUUAUUCAGGUAACAACUCUGCAUUAACUUUUGAUCAAUUAAAACAUGCAACAAUACCCCACAGGAUCCAUUUAUUCAAUUCAUUUUCUAAAUCCAAACAAUGUUCACAAUCGAUGCAAUCUUUGGAUUUAACAAUUAGUGAAAAUUUCAUAUUCGAUGCUGAUUUUAAAAGUAUGGUUGAAAUUUUGCAACAACAGUUGAAAACAGAUGAUGCAUUUAAACAUUUGGAUGGAUUUUUUCAGGGGAAAUUACCAACAAUGUUGGAGAAAAACACCAUUGGCAAACAUUUCUAUAAAUUUGCCGGUACUUCCGUAUGGUUAAAAGAAUACGGUGUCCAUUUGAUGGUUUCACGGGUAUUGUUUUCUCGAAGAGGAUUGAAAUGGAAUCCACAAAUUUCAUUGCUUUAUGCUCAAGUUUAUGAUGUUAAUUGGCAAGAACUAAUCAAUGUUGAAUUGGUUGUACCAGUAAUGGAUACUGAUGGAGUUACGAGGAUAAAUCAAAAUUUGAAAUUCCCUCGUUUUUUACCUAUUCCAUAUUAUUUUGAUUAUCAUUAUACCAAGCGUAGAUGGUAUGGGCCUGAAGAUACAAGGAUUAUGUUGAUUGAAAACGAAAUGCAAAAGGAAGAGCCAGUUAUUAUAUUCAAUGCACAUCAAAGAAAUAUUCACAAUUAUACUGUCGUUGAUGAAGAUAAAUCAAUGCAAAUCAAUUUCGAAUUCCAUCGAGCCAUGUUUAUUGGAUGGCCUUUCAGAUAUCAAUUGGGUAAAGUAAAUACUGAUGGGAUAUCUGAUUCGCGAUUUGAUAAUGUUAAGUUCACUCGGGUUAAAGAACUUAGGAUUGCGAAAAAGAAUAGAAAAGGAGUUGAGAAAAAUUGGACUCCAUUCAUUAUUCCUAAAGAUAGAGAUCCUAAAUUCCCCGGUGACAAAUAUAUCUACCUAAUUUAUCAAUGGGACAACUUAGAAGUUUUGAAAUGUGAACUACAAUUUUUCCAAAACAGUGAAGAUGAAAGUAAAUGCCAAUUUGUUUACAAGGCUAAGAAACUGAAGAAGCAAGGGAAAGUCGGUCCCAUUCGAGGUGGAACGGAAAUGAUUCCCUAUGGAUCAAUAGAUCCAACUUACAAGGAUAAAAAUGUAUGGAUUGGAUUUCUUCGUGCUCACAUCAAACAUUGUGGAUGUGGUAGAUCAAUGUAUCGACCCAAUUUCUACAUUUUCACCAAACUGGAAACUAGUGAUGAAUUCCAAGUACAAUACUUAUCAUCCUCUAUUUCAUUCAGUAUCCCCGUUAGUGGAUGGAGAAAACAUGAAGUACAAUGUGCCGCUAGAGAUCCUAAUGUCUUGAUCCCUAAUGGUAUUUCAUCAUGGGAAUACGAUCCAGUUACUAAACAAGAUGUGCUCGGGUUGACCCUAAGUGUAGCUGAUGAAAAUAAUAGUAUAUUGUACAUUUACGGAUUAAAGGGUAUGGUGAAGGACUUGUUAAACCAGCAAGAAUUGGCGCAAGUGGCAACUGGUGGUGUUGAUGGUGUUGAUGGUAAUAAUGAGCUUUUAAUGAAGUGUGUUCUUGAUGCAAGUAUUGAGUUUUGUAAAGCUUAUGGUGAUGAACAAACUAAAUUGGGUGUGACUGAAGAAGUAUUGAAGAAGUUGGAAGAAGAGAAGAAGAAGUUAGAGGAAGAAAAGAAGAAUGCUGUGGAAGAGAAUAAGAAGUUGGAAGAAGGCGUCAAGAAACAAGAAGAAGCUAAGCAAUAA